CCCACUCGGUGGAUUUCCGCUUCCUUCCGGCUGUCUCGCUUCGCCCUGGCAGGAUCGCGCCGGAUCCCUCGGCAGAGCCUUCUGAGUCUUACUUCUGGGAGGUCUGGCUGCUCCCCCUCCGGCCUUUGGGGCGCCCCUCCCGCCAGGAGAGCUUCCCCCCCCCGCCAGGAGAAAGCAGGAAAACAACUCUGACCAAAGAUUCACCUGCAAGUCAACUAUCAACAGAUAACAGAAAAUCAGCCCAAGGCAGCCAGUGCCAGAAAGGAUGGAGCCUGGGAAACUCUUGGAUCCCCUGUGAGACAGAAGCAGCACUCCGGAAAACCACAAGAGAACCCAUGAAUGCUUAGAGUGUGGGAAAUCCUUUGCUCGCCGGUCCCUCCUUUUGACCCACAGGAUGUUCCAUGUGGGAAGUGGAUCCAUUCAAGGAUUGGAGGGCGAGAAAUCCUUCUCUGGAAAACACAUUAAAAAUCUGAAACACCCCCCCAGACUAAAACCUUAUCAAUGUGAGGAAUGUGACUUAUGCUUUGGUCAAAGGUCAACCCUUCUUAGACAUCAGAAAAUCCACACUGGAGAGAAACCCUAUCAGUGUCUGGAAUGUGGGAAUUUUUUCAGUGAAAAAGGCAGUCUCAGAAGGCACGAGAGAAUUCACACAGGGGAGAAACCUUACAAGUGUUUGGAAUGUGGGAGGAGCUUUUCUCGGAAGUCAGAUCUUUGGGCCCAUGAGAAGGCUCAUGCAGGAAUAAAAUCGUACAAAUGUUUGGAGUGUGGAAAAUGUUUCACCCGGAGUUCAACUCUUCGGACUCAUGCGAAAAUCCACACUGGAGAGAAACCCGUACACAUGGGGGAGAAAAACGAAAAAUGCCUCGAAUGUGGGAAAUGUUUUACCUGGAAAUCAAACCUAGUGCAACAUCAGAGAAUUCACACCGGAGAGAGACCCUAUGAAUGCCCAGAAUGUGAGAGACGAUUUAUGUUUCCUUGUCUACUUCAGAGGCACCAGAAGGGGCACAAAGGGGAGAAACCCUAUGAAUGUGGGAAAUGUGGGAAAGGUUUUGUUACACAAAGAGAUUUUCAGCGUCACGAGAGAAUCCACACAGGGGAAAAACCAUACAAAUGUGGGGAGUGUGGGAAAUGCUUUGCCCAAAAAGAAGGCCUUGGAAGGCAUCAGAGGCUCCACACAGGAGAGAAGCCAUAUCAAUGCUUUGAAUGUGGAAAAUGUUUUGCUGAACUGAGAACUCUUUGGAUACAUCAUAAAACCCACACAUGGGAGAAACCAUAUCAAUGCAUCGAAUGUGGACAAUUUUAUUCUACCACAUCAAACCUUAGAAGUCAUGUAAAAACUCACACAGGGGAAAGAAAUUACAAAUGUUUAGACUGUGGGAGAGCAUUUGCUCAUUCACAUUCUCUCAGAAGCCACAGCCGAAUCCAUACAGGAGAGAAGCUCCACAAAUGCUCGGAGUGCAAUAAAUGUUUUUCUCGAAAAAAUACUCUUGUGAUACAUCAGAGAAUCCACACUGGAGAAAAACCAUAUAAAUGUCCAUAGUGUGGGCAAUGUUUUACCCAAACAUCAUCACUUCGCAAGCACACCAGACGUCACAGAGGGGAGUCGCCUUACAAGUGUGCAGAGUGUGAGAAAACCUUUCAUAGUAAAUCUCACCUAAAAAGGCAUCAGAAAGUCCACAGUAGAGAGAAACCUCUUCAGUUGUGAGGAAUGUGGAAAACAUUUUUUGAAAUGUCACAUCUUAUAAUUCACCAGGAACUUCACACAGUCCCAGAAGGGAAAUCCUACAGUUUUUUGGUGUGGGGAAAGCUUUAUAAUGACGAUGUCAAGACUGCUAACAUCGGAUGUUCUUGCUUGCCAUAUAUGAAAAAGCAAACACGUUUUAUUUAACCUGCAUAUCACUUCUAGAGUUAAAGUCAGACAAUGUUAGAAUAACAGGUGGGAAAGUAUGUACUCGGGGGUAUAGUUAGCCAAAACAAUAUUUCAGUACAGUAUUUCCAAGGUCAGCUGUAACCAGAGGAGUUACGGGAGGGAAAGUUCACACUUCAAACUAAUUGGAGAACGUGAUUGAUGAGUGUGAAAUGAAGGAGUAAGUUAUGCUUUAUUAUGGGUGAUUGGGGGUCGGAGGAUUCAGUUUUUGGCUGCAUUAUGUACGUGCCAAUGCUAUGUAGCAAUAAAAGGAUUCUUUAAGGCAAUGAUUCUCAAUCUUUUUAAUGCCACAACCCCCAACCCGUCCUACGUUGAGGACUACUCAACCGGUCGUAAGUCAAGGACU